CAAAAAAAAACACCAAAAUCUCCGAUUGAGCAGUCAUGGACUUAUUCGGAGAAUUUCAUAAGGUGGAAAUCAAUGGGAAACUAUUUCUCGUAUACCACAACGUUAUAAAACCAUUACCAAACAUAAACAAUCCAUUGAUUCCGUCUACGAUCUCCCUCCUCAGCCUCUUUUCUUAUGCCCUCAACUCCGAACCGAAAUAUUAUCAAUUGAUAUCGAUAAUGCGAGGGUUGGUGAGAGGGUAUCUAAACAAAUUCUUUUCAAGCACAAUACUUCCCCUCUCUUUGAUGACACUAGUGACGGUCAUCAUGUACUCCCUCUGUUUUGGUGCAACAACAAAGAAGUCGAUCCAGAAGCAGUAGACGGCGAUGAGUGCUAUUCUUGCUCUUUCCAAUCCAUCGGUACAGACUAUUAUUUCUGUGACAAGUGUGAUAAAAGGUUCCAUAAAGAAUGCGUCGAGUGUCCACUUGAGAUUAGUUAUCCUACCCACACCAAACAUUCUCUCCAACUCUUCUAUUCUAAAUAUAGAUCUGACCUCUGCAUCUACUGUAGAGAAAGAGCAACCUAUCUGAUUUAUUUUUGUGCUCUUUGCGAUAGUUAUAUGCAUGUCUUUUGUGCUCAGAUGAAAAUACCUUUUUUUAUAGACCAACCAAAAAGACAUGACCAUACCCUCACCCUUUUUCCUAGACAAGCUUCCUUAACCUGCAAUAUUUGUGGUUUGGUAAAUAAACUUCAUCUCACCUACAUUUGCCCUAUAUGCGAUUUCGUAGCCCAUAGUGAUUGUAUCUAUAUCCCACAAACCAUAAGAAUAUCUCGUCACCACCAUCGUGUGUCUUUUAUUUCUUCCCUUCCUUUUGAAGAAAAGUCUUGCGGAGUUUGUCGUCAAAUGCUUGACAGUGAUUAUGGUGCAUAUAUUUGCAAAGGGUGUAGUGGCUUUGUCGCUCACAUAAGAUGUGCACUACGUAGUGAUAUAUGGGAUGGAAAAGAACUUGAAGGAGUACCAGAAGAAGUAGAAGAAGAUGACGUUGAAUCCUUCAAGAGGAUAGCUGAUGGAGUAAUACUCCAUUUUUCUCAUCGCCAUCAUCUGUAUUUUGAGAUAAGUGGAGUUUACAAUGGAAACAAGUUUUGUCAAGCUUGUGCCCUUCCAGUCAAUGAAGGGAAUUUGUAUGUAUGUGUGGGAUGUGAUUUCAUCCUACACGAAACAUGUGCAGAUGCUCCACGUAGAAAGGUCCAUCCAUUACAUCCCCAUCCCCUUAAACUAAUUUUUUAUGAAGACAAUUGCUUCCACUGCAAAGCUUGUUGGCGUACGAGUACUGCUUUUGGAUAUAGGUGUAUCAACCACAAUUGCAAGUACAUGAUAGAUAUAGUGUGUGCCUCGACUGCUGAGCCGUUUGAUUAUCAAGGCCAUCGACAUCCCUUAUUCUUAUCGUUAGACCCAAAAGAGAAGCCAAUGUGCCACAUUUGCAGGUCAACAAAAGAUAAGAAGGUACUUAACUGCAUUGAAUGUGACUUUAUUGUAUGUUUCGAAUGCGCCACCUUACCAUACAUGAUAAGGUAUAAGCAUGAUGAACAUUACCUCACAUUUUGUCAUGGAGAUGAGGCAAGUGACUCAGAUUGGUGUGAAUUAUGUGAGGGAAAGUUAGCAAUUGGAGGAAAAGAAGGAUUCUAUGAGUGCAAAGAUUGUUGUACGACACUUCAUAUUAAUUGCUUACUUGGCCCAGAUCCAUAUCUUAUGGUUGGUCAAAGGCUCCCAGUUCCUAACGGUGAGAUUUUUUUUCGACACAACAAUUAUACUACUCGGCCUUUUUGCUCGAUAUGCAAUAUUCGUUGUCCGUAUCCAACAUUUGUUUCAUACAUAAAGGAUAUGUUUAUAUCUUAUAUUCUAUGUUCUAGUAAGCACUUGAAGACGAGAUACCAUCAUUGAGUUAUCCCUUUUCUUUUAAAAUUUUAGUUGUCUUUUUACUUUUAUUUUGGAUGUACACCUGCAACCCUUUAUGUAAUAUAUUGUAUUUUUGGUUGGAUCUUUUUGUUAACCCUGUUUAUGUGUGUUUGGUUUAAC